CAGAGUGAACAACUAACCUCAAGAAAAUAUUCCCAAAGAGCAUCCAACAAAGCAGGCAUGCCCCUUUUUGUCAGAGCAUCUCAUUUCCGUCAUGUUUUUGGAACGGCAGCCAAGAAGGAAAACUGCUACGCCGAGGGGGUCAGAAUAUCAAAGAAUUCUGUAGAGUCUCCAUACUGCGCCGUUAAUCCGAAAUUCCUCGCUAUCAUUGUAGCUUCGGCUGGUGGAGGUGCAUUUCUUGUUUUACGACAUGACGAGGUAACCUUUUUGUUUCAAUUUAGUCCUCAAAAUUGCCAAAUUGUUUGGUGUCGGGGGCGCAAUUAGCCUGUAGCUGAACUUUUUUAAGUGCACAUCAACCUAGAAGUUCAUUAUUUUCUGUUAGUUUGUCUUGCCACUAGUACAUCCUUGUUUCAGUUUUGAAGCUGAUAAGCUAAGGAAGGAGGAAAUUGCCAAGGAGGGUGUAACCUGAUGACAUGAACAAAUUAUGUAUGCACGAGUGUACUAUGUAAGCUUUUACUGGCUAAAGUGCAUGGCGGUUCUGUCAAAAAGAAUGACAAAGAGAAUGACAUCUUUUGACAAUAAAUUUCUUGAUAUCCCGUUUUAACUACGUGGCGUCACAGAAAAUUCUUAUCUCUCAUUAUUAUUUCUUACAAGGUCAUUUCCUGGUUAGAGACCACCGGGAGCAGGGGUGGGGAGCUGUGGUAGGGGUGUUGGUAUUAAGAUUAUGGGGUAGGGGGAUUGUUUUUCUUUGAUGGCAAAAAAGGGUUGUACAAUUCUUACUCUUGUGUUUUCAUCCGGAUGAGUGGAUCCACCUUUGUAACAAGCUAAAAAUGUCCACAAGACAUAUUUUAUAAACUUUGUUGCAUUGGGCAGCAAUUUUGGACACCCAGUGCUGAUUUCAGUAUCACAGGAUAGCUCAUGCCCUAGUCAAGUUAAUUUUCCUCAAUGGUUCUUUCUUCGUAAUGAUAUGUUCUCCACACAAGACAAAUCAACGGAGAGGUCUGAGGCACAUGUUACUUUAGGAUUUCAGGUACACUGACAGGGGGAUGGUAGGGGAGAGAAAAAGAAAUCGCAAUCAAUAUGUUAAAGUUAAUUUUUUAUCUCAGGUAAUUUUUAUUUUUUCCCCUGGUAACCAGUUGAGUGUAAUAACCACUACACCAUGGGGACAACCACGCUGGCAAUGCAGCAAUUGAAGAUGUGAUUUACAUGUUUUGGGUGUGGUCCUUUGGGGAAAUUUUCCCUUUAAGGUGAUAAGGUAGUGGAAGCCUAUAAUUCCAUUUGCAGGUGAACUAAGUAUCACUUUAAAGGGUAAGUAACAAAGUCAGCUUAGCCAGCGAUACAAAGGAGGAUCCAAUUAAGGAUACAGACUAUUCAAAUUAAUAUUUUUAAAUCACCAUAUACCUGUACGAGAAAUAACAACUACUGACCUUAUACACCCCAAAUAAUCAUAUCAACAGACUAAAAUAAUCUUUGAAAGAAAAUUCUACCCUGAGGUGGAUUUGAACCCAUGUCCCCCUGGUAACUAGUCGAGUGUAAUAACCACUACACCCUCCAGACAACCACACUGGCAAUGUGGCAAUUAAAGAUCCUUGUGAUUUGUGUGACUAUAUAUUUUCAUUUGGCUGCAGCUUUGUUUCAAAACCUAAAAAUCAAUAUUUUCUUGUUGGCAUUUGAUAGGCUAUUCUGCUAUACAAAUGUACAAAAUCAUGAACAGGUUUCAGACAAGAGAAAUCCAUUUAAUGUUGUUUGACACACAAUUUUGAGUGGGAAAGAUAAUCAAUCAUCCUUUUUAGAACGAAGUAGCUAAAUUUUGUCCAAAAGAAAACUAAUAAAGUGAAAGGAAAAGGAAACUUGCUGUAAUAUUACAUAAUGUGUGAUGUAAAUGCUGUCCACGCUGUUUGUCUUUGAAAUUAUCAAAAUGGCUGCUCUUUUGGCCACCCAGCAAUCACAAACAACCAGAGUCAAAGGUUUCAGAUAUCUGUUAAGUCCUGUUUGGUGGUAAAUCAACCUGACAUAGCAUUAACCUUAGGAAAAUGUUAAAUUAAAGUAGAAACCAAAGUUUGCUUUACUUGAAUAGAGCCAUUUCUUUUUUACCAAUUACCAGAGUUUCCCUUGAACUGUUCUAUCACAUGUGAUUUAAGGUUAACUUUACGAAAUUGCAUCAUCACAUAAUAUCAGAAGCCCUGGAUGUGAUGAAUACUGUAUUUCCUUGAAUUCAUAAGCAUGGGCACACAUUCAAGGAAAUACGAUAUUACAUCAUUCUAAACCUCUCUUUAUUUACUGUAGUUGGGCAGGCUUGAUCCUGAGCAUGGACGUGUUGGUGGUCACAAACAAGAUGUCUUGGACGUGGCCUGGAAUCCUUUUGAUGACAAUAUGAUAGCAUCUUGCUCUGAAGACACCACUGUUAAGAUUUGGCAGAUUCCAGAUGAUGGGCUGGGCAAGACAAACCUGACUGAGCCCUUGCUAACUCUAGAAGGGGUUCACCAGCGAAAAGUUCAUCAGAUUCUAUGGCAUCCUACGGCAAGCAACAUUCUUCUUAGCGCAAGUUAUGACCCUGUAAUUGCCAUCUGGAAUUUGGAGACUGGUGAGGCUGUGGUUGAAAUUGACUGUCACCCAGAUCUUAUUUACAGUGUUGACUGGAAUACCAAUGGAAGCCUUAUUGCAACAACAUGCAAAGACAAGAAGAUUCGAGUUAUUGAUGUACGAAAGGGAACAGUCGUUAAGGUGGGAGUGAAUUGAUUCAAGUGUUUUGCUUUUGCUAAGUUACAGCUAGACAUGCAAACCUGUCAAAUGUGACAUGUCACCCUGAAUGUAUGCAAAAGCAUAGCCUACAAGCAAGCUCUCUGGGGCACUCUCGCAGCGGGGCGGGAAAAGGAAGGAGAGCUUGCAACUAUGUCUCUGAAAUUUGAAUAUCUGCAUUGAAAAAGUCGAUGUAAAAUGCUGAUUGGCAGAGAUCAUGGUUCGCACGGGCCUUGAAAAGUCAUUGAAAAUUGGGAUAUUGUGGGAUAUCCUUGAAAAGUCCUUGAAUUUUCAUCAGAAGUCCUUGAAUAUUUUUGAAAGCUCCUUGAAUAAAAGUAACCUUUGGUAAAAUGGUGUAAAGAAGUGUAAAAAAGGUAAGAAGAAGAAGGGUCAGUGUCUGUACAAUAAUAUUGGAACUUGACCCUCAAUACAAAGGCAGAGUAGGUUCAUUUGAGGCAGAGGAAAUGAAAAAGGAGGGGGCAAGAGUAGAUUCCGAUAUAAAAUCUCUGACUGAAACACCAGAUGAACUUUGCUUGAAGGCAGAAGCCUUUUGUCAUGCAAGCCAACUCACUUAAAAAAAACUGCCAAGGAGAAAAUGCAAAAGUUAGCUGACUUCGAUGUAAACAUUAAUGCCAGUUUGCAAAAGCUCAAACUAUAGUCUAGUCAGAUUGUUUCUGUAAUAGACACAAUCUGAACAUUUUCCACGGGUUUGUAAUAAUAUUUUACUUUAUGUUAUUCUAUGUCCAAUUAUGGGAAAAGAAGUCAUUGAAAACUUGAGUUUGGUCCUUGAAAAGUCCUUGAUUUUUUCCCAAAAGAAUCUGUAUGAACCAUUAGAUGUCAUUACCCUUGGCAAGUGUUUUUCAAUGUUUGUUUACAUUCACGCUCGUUUCAGCUUCGUGCUGAUUGGCAGGAAUCUGACAGCUCAGUCAACAGGGAGCCAAAGGGAAAUUGGAGGUGGAAUUCAAAUUUCAGAGAAGAGACGUAGUUGUAAGCUCUCCUUCCUUUUCCCUUCCCGCUGCCAGAGUGCCCCGGAGAGCUUACUUGCAGGCUAGCAAAAUCACAGGCAUGUUCUCAUGUUCAGUGUGCUUUCACAAAAGGUGAUAUACCAUAAAAUCCCUGUUAUAAGCCCCCCCCCCCCCAGCUAUGAGCCUGUCUAGGUCCCCCCACAAGAAGGGCCAUGUCGAGAUGUAAGUACAUAUGUCUUGUUUUGAAACUCCCUUUAGUUAUAAGCAUACAAAACACUUUGAGUACCUGAGGUUAAAUAAAUGAAGUUAAAUAAAAUAAAAAGGGAAUCAUUAAAAAAAGACAAGAACGCUCUUAGUAGCACUGAGUCUCGUUUGCUUGGAGAUAAGUUUUGUUGUCAAAGGCACUGCUACUGUUAUACUACUUUUUCAUUUGGAAUACAAAACAAGUGUUACAUGUCAUAAUGUGAAUACUCGAAACGUAAAAAUUGCAAGGAGAGACAGGGCGCACAUCUUAGCUUCACACCAGUGUGAAACCUUUGAAAACCUUCUAGAUAUUGAUAUUGCUCCAGUGAGGAGAACUCUUUCAGGGAUUUUACACUCAAAACAUUGAACAAAGAUUUUUAUCCGUAUAAAUAUAUAUAUAACUUCCAUGUAGCAGACCAAGAUACUGCUCAGUACAGUAUAUGUUUAGCAUAGGAAAAAUGUGUAAGUUUAGCAGAACCUUAUACAACAGACAGUUAAUUAAGUUCAUGCGUAUUCCUGUUGAAUUUGUUAUCCGUUUUAUAAGAUAUCAUAAUCGCGUGAAACAAGAACAACAAGUUUAUUUCAAAUUAAAUAUAGCUUACAAAGCUUGUGCCUGCAAUUAGCGAAGGCUAUUCGAGGCGCGUACAAGAGAAAAAAGAAAAUUCUAUAAAUAAAUAUAUAUAUAUUAAAUGAACAAUCCUAGAAGCAAUCUAGUUUGGCGUGUGGUCUAUAGCCAGAGUGAGACAGGAAGGCAGACUGUACUUCAUAUGGAAGUACACCAUGUUACAAUUUUGAGAAUUGCCCUGUAAUAUCAGAAACUGUAAUAUAGUCAUCCUCUUUUUCCAGUAUUUCAAAGAGUUUUCUCUUUAGUUUGCUUUUGAAUUGAUUUUUUUUAAGUGCUUUGAUAGAAAGUGGAAUACUGUUCCAAAUUAAAGCACCGGAAAUAGAGAAGGCUCGUUUCAUAUUUUCAGUUCUACCUUGUUCAACACAGUAAUUUUCAUUUGUAACAGAUCUAGUCCGGUAACCGUGGACAGAAGACAGUUAUUCGUGAACAUAUUCUUAAUUUAAAUAGAUCAUUCAUAUACAAGAGAAAAAGCAAGGGUCCCAGAACGGAACCUUGUGGUACUCCGGAGAGGAGAAGUACAUUUUCCAUGGCUGCUUAGUAUCUGCUUUUAAUAUCUCCAUACAGUCUCAGAGUACAAUGUUUAGAACUGUACAAAGCAUGCAUUUUAUCACAGUAUCACUGGGAUAAAGCAUUUAAUUUUCCAGGAAAAUUUCACUUUCUCGUCAAAACAAUCACUGACUCAGCCAGACUCGGAGCAGUGUACUUAAAUUUUGUGUUUAGUACAGGGAACAGGGUUAUGUUCUGUGAAAUUUAUCUACAGUCUGCAGCCCACAUCACCACGAUCCACAAUUUAUUAUUGCUGCAGAGCAACCGUAGGGAGCGAGCAGCAACAUAAUCAGGAUUUAAGGGAAAUAGAUAAGGUAGAACGAAUUCUCGAAUUCAUCACUUUUUACCAGAAUGCAUUGCGCCAACGAACAACUCAAAUAUUCGGUGGUUGAGAGCGUGCGCCAAUCAUUCACUGCCCAGACUCAGAGUUUUUUCGUGGCAAAUUUUCUACAGCACGGUUAGAGGUCUUACCAAAUUGAAGACAUGCAGAAGUCUUUCAGAUGAGUACGAUGGUUAACUUGGGGAUUGGAUUUCAAUUCAAGAUCCUUUGACUUGUCCAGGCAUUAAACUUGACGAGAAGAUGAGCAUUUGCUCUUCUACUCCGCAACACAGAGGAUAUACAAAUUCCAGCUUGCUAGGAGGUGAUGUGAAAGUGAGAAAAUGUCAUGCCAUGCUAUUCUUAAGAACCUGUAUGAGCCGAAAAUGUAUGUGAUUUUGACCAUUAGCUCCAAAAUAACAGCGGAAGUCGAGAUAACAAAACAUAUGUUUUGCAUCCUACUUUGCAGACGAGGAUGUGUAUCAGCGUUUUGUAAAGCAUAAUAAUUAUGUUCUAUCAUUCAUUCAUUGCCAUGGAAUAUGCGUUUACGUUGUUUUUUUUGCUGUUAAUAGCUUGGUUAAUGCAGCUCGAUCAUCUUGCCGGUGGAAGUUUCAUGGAAAAGGCAUUAAAUUAAAACUUUUCCCCAAAGUUACAUAAUCAGCCUCUGUGAUGUAGUGGUAAGGUAUAGUCGUGUCUAGCCGAAGGUGCCGGGUUCGAGUCCUACUCAACUCUUUUUUUCCUUCUUUCUUUUUUUCCCCGCUUUUUGUGUUGUUGUUUUCAUAAAUACAUUAUAAAUAACUGUUAUUUAAUAAAGUGCAAUAAACAGAAAGUAAAGUAUUUUGUUUCCAGAGAAAAGAUAGUUCACCAUAUAUUAAAUGUAUGGAUAAACAAUCUGAAUUUCUAUCAUUUCCUACAAUUUACUGUGGGAAAACCAGAGUUGAUAACCACUUGAUCAUUUUUCUAAACAACGUUCUCAUGAGUUGUUUCUAUAGACUGAUAGUAAUUGUUACUUUCCAACAUGUAAAUAGGACAUUCAAUGUCAUUUUUGAUUCUUUUAAGUCUCACUGCCUAACUAAUUCCAGUAUCAACAGAAUGUGCGGCAGCUUUACUAUCUUUUAGAUACCCUAGUUUUAUUUUAUAUUCAAGUUUUUUUUAACUGAUCCUCGAUCCCCGAUUUGUGAUCCCCGAUCCUCAAUCCUGAUUUUCCAGUAAACUGCGAAGUUUUGCUCAUUAAGAUUUUUCUUUUUUUUUUGACCACUGAAGUAAUUACUUGUUCCAAAGUAAUCAACGCUUUCAAGCGACAGAAUUCAUGGACCGACCCAUUCUGGAAAAGCUCGAUAUGGGAUUUCUAUUCUAUGGACAUGAAGUGCUGCAAGUAGAGUGCAUGAUAGUCAAGUACAAAGCUACCCGCAUAAACACAUCCGUGACACAUACGUAACAUCACACGGGUAGUUGAAGUUGCUUCCAGUAGUAGUCGAAGGUUAAAUCAUUGAUAUCUCAAGCAUUUAUAAAGUGCAAUGCGUCAGCGACUUCACAUUUUAACAACUACAAAAAAUCUAUCAAUUAAAUACACACAAGAAAUUGAAUCUAUUUAACUGUAGAGUAUAAUGCAUAAUAAUUACACAAAAAUCAAGGGCCUUGAUUCAGGGAAAAUUACAUCAUUGCCAAACAGCGAAAACGUGAUCAACUUACAUGCAUCAUUUCAGUCAUCACCGAAAAAAAAACUUUAUGCCCAUCACGAGACUCAUUUGCAUACGAUGAAAGUUAUCACUCGUUCUUAUCCCCAGUUUCCACGGUCCCUGCUAGGAACGCCUGACCUACCAUUUGGUGCCCACACACAAAGAAAAGAAAGAAACACCUGCAUUUUUAGUCUUGCUCUGCUAAAGCAAGCUUGACUAAAAAGAAAGGAAGACAGGCCUUCUGAUAGAGUGCAAUAAAUAAACAGGAAUCAUACGGCAUUUUCAGGGCAGAUUGGGUAAUGAGAAACGCCUAUUGUGCAAUAAGUUAUGCAUUGUUACACUUAGAGUAGUACUACUAACCAUGCUCAGGAUGGUAAAAUGCAGUUUCCAUUUUUACAAUUUCCAUUUGAGAAUUCUUGGACACUUACAAUGCCCUUUUCUAAUUUGUUCAAUUUUUCAAGUAACUGCAAAUUUUUUUGGCAAAUGGAUUCUAAACGACUGCAUUUCAGUUCAAAAAAAAAGAAAGAAAAUUUUUGUCUUGCAUUCACUUUCCCCAUGAAUCUUGUAAAUAAAGUUUCAUGCUGUAGUCAUGCAACAAUGGCAAUGUACAAGAAAGCGUGAUGCAUGUGCAAAGUUGUUGUUUUGCCAAUCUUAGCCUACUGUAUUUCUCCGAAUAAUAGCUGGGGGUGAUUAUUAUUUUUUUCGCACUAAAAGGGGGCGAUUAUUUGAGGGAAAUAAUUAAUCGAGGGACGGCUAUUAUUCGAGGAAAUUUGGUAUUUAUUUUUGCCGUUCUUGUUGCUGUCACCAUCGUUGUUGCUCUAGAACUCUACUGUUUGUUUGCCCUCCUAUCACCUCUCGCUUCAGUUUUCCAAAGUUUAGAAAUUCGCUCAAAUAGCUCUGUUCUACAGUUCUCAGGGACAUAUGUACUGUAGUGUGGCUUCCAUCUCUCUAAGUCCGCCUCUGUAUUUUAGAAUUCCUUACUGCUUCAGUGUAUUAAAAACAUAAGAUGGAGAUCUUGAUGCAAACUUGUGAAGGUGGAGCAGGCCAUUGUGAUUAACAUCCAUGCUUAAAUCCAUCACCCAACACCUAGUCAAUGGUGUGUUGAUCACAGUGGAAUAUUUCUUAAAUCAACAUGAACAGUCUUGAGCUUGCUUUCCUUAUGCUUUGCAGGAGGCCAGUGGCCAUGAAGGGGCUAAACCACAAAGAGUGGCAUUUUGUGAAAAUCUUGGUUAUCUGUUCACCUGUGGCUUUUCAAAGAUGAGUGCUAGACAGUACGCAGUUUGGGAUACAGUAAGUUUGAUUUUUCUGAAAUUUGUUAACAAUAAAUAAUGAAAGGUGAUAAAUUUGUGCUAGUGAUAUCAUAUAUGAAUUAUACCUCUUCUAAGAUUGAGAGAGUUGAUCAUGGCAACAGUGCAGCUCUCCCAAAAGAGCAUCUAAAAGUCAUUUCUCAAAAAAAUGUUUAUUAUGAAAACUAGUAUGGUGGCCUUUAAAAUUUUGUAAAUAUUAGGUGCGGUUACAGCCCGGGGAGUACUUGACCAACAUUUGGUUACAGGUGAGCUGCUGAAAGUUUGAAAGCCUGACCCUGUUAAGGACAAAAAAAAUCCUAUAAUACAUACCCUAUCUAGGACAACACCCUCAAUUUUAUUACCCCGUUUAGCAAAGGUAUUUAGUAAUGAUUUUUUAAUCUGGCUGUAUCUCAUUUUGAAUAUCUGCCCUCAGUAUGUAUUAAAACAGUGGAUAGUGUUUUUUGCACACUCUGACUGGCUACUCAAACUUGCAAUAUCCAGUGCUAUUCACCUCCAAACAAUGUCAAACUUGGGUAACGUAUGAGCAAAAUGGCUUCACAGUUUGUUACAGUAACAAACAAAGAAAUUUCACAAGUAAACGAAGAAGCUGUUCCCGACAACAUGAAGAUAGUGACAAAAUUCGUUUUUUUUACAGGUAAAUCUUGGUCUGUUUAACCUGAAUUUAUCAUAUUUUUUUUUGUUUACAAAUGCAAAUUAAAUCUUGCAUUGCUUACUGGUAUGUUAAGUAGUCUUAUCUUAUUUAGAUAAUGUGUUCAUAAAUAAGCUUAAAACUAAAUCAAAUGGUGUUUUAAACAGAAUGGUUUCAAACACAGAAAGAAUUCACAAUUUCUUUGGAAGAGCAAGAGCUAAACAAAUGGGGGAGACUGGGGAGACCGUCACGGCAUGUAGACGUGUGUUUAUAGCUUGCUCUGCUCGCAGUUAAGAAAUUUACUAUAUUUUUGAAGUGCCUAUGGCUUCUUUGUCAAUUUAUUUAACCCCAAAGAGAAAAUCAAGAAGUAGUAUUUCAUCCAGCAGCUCUACUGAGGUUCUCUAGAUGAAAAAAGGUUGAAAUCAAUGAUCUCGCCAUCAGCAAGUAAUAAAGCCAACAGCGAUCGUGAAGUUAUGGCAGCUUUAAGCCUAACUGAAAGCCUCAUGAAGAAGCUUGACCUUAUUCUAGCGAGACAAACGAUGACUACCGAAAGACUAACAAAGCUGGAUGAAAAAAUGGACGAGCUUAACCAGACAGUGAAGGGUCUUCAAACUAAAGUGUCCUAUAUAGAGACUGAAGUCGUGGCCGUUAAAGGAAAGCAGAAGUCUCUUGAAGAAGAUUGUUCCCAUAUGAAAGAAAAUGCAAAAUUUAUUGACGAAAAAAUCGCUGAGCUUCAGGAAAGUGCGAACAAGAGAAAAGCAGCUAUCAAUGAAUGCUGUAAGCAAAUCCUUUAUCUGGAAGCCUACAGUCACCGGGAAAACCUGAAGUUUGAAGGGAUACCGGAAUCAUUUGAAACCUCAGCCCAACAGAGUGCUCCGGCUGAAGACACGAGAAAAGUUCUUGUUAAUUUUAUAGAAGAUGCUCUUGGUAUAGAGGAUGCGAAAAGCAUCGAAUUCCAACAUGUACAUAGAAUGGGAAACCCUAGGACUGGUAUUGGGAAUGGUAGCCGUACAAUAUUAUAGCCUGCUUUUUGAGGUAUUCGGACAGGGAACGUGUGUUCAAGUGUGGUCGUAAGCUUUAAGUCACAAACUUCAAGAUGUUUGAAAAUAUUCCAAAGGAGUUACACAGACUAAGGAAAAUGCAAAUGGACAAAUUGAAAAAAGCCAGGAAAGACAGUAAAUGUGCGUAUUUUAGUAAAUCCAAGCCUGACAAGCUUUUCAUUGAUGGCAAAUAUGUCCGGUUUUAAUAGGCAUUUUUUGUUAAUAUCCGUAUGCUUUAUUCAUAUCGGUGAAGGAGUUAGAAAAUGAGAUUGAAAGUUUACGAAAGGUAGUUUUUCUUCCGGCAAGGCUCGAUAAUUUUUCACUUUUGCAGCAUAGGUAAGGGUUUUUUUUUUCUCUCCUAGCUGGUUUUUUCUUUCUUUCAGUGUUAAGCUGUUUUGGGUGUUUGGUAUUCGUGAUUUUUUUUUUGUUUGUGGAUCUUUUAUGGAUCUUUCAGCAUUUUGUACAGUAAUUAAGAUGUUAAUCAACUAUACAUGAUAUGCAGUUCUUUUGAUAUGGAUACUGUAAUUUGCAGGUCCUUUGUUUUUUCUUUUAGGUAUUUAGUCCAAAGGUUUACACUUCGUUUUGUAUUGUACAGGUUUCAUUAUUCUCUUUUUGCUUUAUUCCUUGUUCUGAUUAGCUUCUUCAACCCCACCUUUUUUCGCUGAUUGCAUCAAGAUGGUAUUGGACACUUGUAAUUUGAUGUCACUGAGUGUAAGGGGCAUAAAUAACUUUUGUAAACAGCGAAUGAUCUUUACGUGGUGUCAAAAACAAAAGGCCGACCUAAUCUUUCUGCAGGAAACCCAUUCAAAGAAAGACUCUGAAAGACAAUGGAAAAAUGAAUGGGGAGGUGAUAUGAUUAUGUCACACGGAAGUUCAAAUUUGUGCAGAGUUGCCAUACUUUUCAAACAAGGGUUUGAUUGCACUUUUUUGUCAAAAUUCGAAGACCCACUGGGACGCUAUUUGAUCCUGAAGGCGGAGAUCAAGGACAAAUUGUAUGUGCUGAUUAACAUCUAUGCACUGAAUAAGGAUAAAGACAUUAUAACCUUUCCUAACAAUCUGAGAACAAUACUCCAAAAUGAAAAUCUGGGAGACGAAGAAAAUAUAAUUAUAGGGGGUGAUUUUAAUUGUCCGCUGAAUCCAUCCCCCGAUAAAAAAGGUGGUACAAUGUUACCGAGGAAAUCAGUUAUUGAAACCAUUGAUUGUUCACGAGAUGAACUUGAUUUGGUUGACAUUUGAAGAAUUAAAAAUCCUUCUUUAAACGUUUCACGUGGAGCCAAAACUCGCCAAUGAUUUUAUGCUGCUUAGACUAGUGGCUGAUUUCAAAUAAUCUUCAAGAUUUGGUUUCAGUAACGAAUAUUAUUCCAGCCAUUAAAACUGACCAUGCAGCCAUUUCCUUGGAUUUUAGUAUUAGUCGAAACCACAUUAAAGGUUCGGGUUACUGGAAAAUGAACUGUUCUCUUCUGUAUGAUGAUAACUACCAAAGGGAGGUUACCGCGGCUAAAAUGCCUGUCCGGCUGGGCGAGGGCAGAUAUGACCUGCCGGAUCACAGAUGUAUUUGGGAUUGGAUUAAGUAUAAUCUUAGAGCACAUGCAGUGUAGUUUUCAAAACGUAAAGCAAAAGAAAAAAAGAUAAGGAGAACAUAUUGCAAGAUGAAUUUAACAAAGAAAAGCAAACGUUUUAAUGUGAUCCUACCAAUAAAAAUGCAACCGAUUUUAAUACGGCAAAAGAAAGUUUGGAACAUUUUUAUGAAGAAAGACUUCAAGGUAUUAUCAUUCGCACAUGGGUGUGAUGGUGUGAACAUGGUGAAAAGAGUACAAAAUAUUUUCUCAAUCUGGAGAAGAGGAACCAUGUCAAUAAUUACAUGUGCGAAAAUUGAAGAUUAAUGGUUCGAUCACUACUGAUCCGUUCAAAAUUCUUUCUGAGGAAAAACGUUUCCUAUCAAGAAUUAUAUACGAGUAAGAAUUUGGGUAACGAGCAAGCAACAGAAAUUUUUUGAAUAGUUUAAAUAUCCCACGCCUCACAGAUGAACAAAAGCUUUCGUGUGAAGGCAGCUGACAGAGGAGGAGUGUGUUAAAGCUUUACAAAGUUUUCAGGGUAACAUAGCUCCUGGUAAUGAUGGACUUCCAAUCGAAUUCUACUGUAAAUUUUGGGAAAUUAUUAGCGAACCUUUCGUCAACUGUGUCAACAAGAUUUUUACUAGUGGUAAAAUGUCACGCUCCCAGAAACAGGCAGUGAUCACUCUCAUUGAAAAGAAAGGAAAGGACCGUUCUCUUUUAGAAAACUAGAGACCGAUCUCACUUGUCAACAUUGAUGCCACGAUUAUCUCUAAAGUCUUAGGUACCUGGAUAAAAAAUGUCCUACCAAGCAUAAUUCAUCAUAACCAAAGUGGUUUCGUGAAGGACCGCUUUAUAGGUGAAACUUUUCGCUCGAUCUUUGAUUUAAUGGAAUUCUCUCUAAAAGAGAUUAUUCCUGGUUCAAUGAUAUUUAUAGAUUUCCACAAAACAUUUGACAGCUUAGAAUGGAACUUUCUUUUCAGCUGUUUAGCAGCCUUUGGUUUUGGUCCGGAAUUUGUUUGGUGGGUAAGGACACUGUACCACAUUAUUGAAAGUUGUGUUCUCAACAAUGGUCUCGCAACUGACUUUUUUUCUCUGGAAAGGGACGUGAGGCAAGGUGAUCCACUUUCUCCAUAUUUGUUCGUGGUUGCAGUUGAAACUCUUGCUUUGGCAAUUCGUCAAAACCCAGAGAUAAUUGGUAUUAAAAUCAGUGGUGAAGAAACAAAACUCCUUCAAUAUGCUGAUUACACAACGGCCAUUCUGUCAGACAUUGACUCGGCACAGGCCCUUUUUAACCUUCUCGAAGUAUUCAAGAACUUAUCAGGACUUAUAAUUAACUCAUCUAAAACUGAAGGAAUGUGGAUCGGGUUGUCUAGAGAUAAAACUUCAAAACCUUUUGGUAUAAAAUAGCCUGAUGAGCCAAUCAAAGCCCUUGGUGUUUAUUACUCAUAUAAUAUCAAACUUUUGCAUGAAAGAAAAUUUAUUGAGGGAUUGGACAGUCUCAAAAAACUGAUAAACAAGAGGUCUUUCUAUCUGUGGAAAAGUAACAAUUAUCAAGUCUUUAAUCAUACCAAAAUUUGUUUACAUUUCCUCGUCUGCCGGUCCCCCAAGGAAAUCGUUAAAGACUUAAAUCAAAUGAUAUUUAAUUUUUUGGGGAAAGGAACCGAUAAAGUGACAAGACUUUCCACAAUUAACAAAUGUGAAAACGGUGGUUUAAAAAUGAUCCAUCUUGAAAGUACGAUUAAAUCCUUACGACUAGCCUGGCUGAAAAGGAUCUUCCAGUGCAACAGUGGUGCUUGGAGAAGCUUUUUACGGUUUUCGUUGGAACCUUUUGAGGGCCUCUUUUUAUUUCAUUGUUAUUAUGACAUUAAAGAGAUACUCAUUUCCUCUAAAUUCCAUCUGGAGUUAUUUCAAUGGUGGUCUGAGUUUCAUAAUGUUUUUGAUAGUAGAAGGGAAUGUCAACAUAUUUUGUGGAAUAACAAAGAGAUACGUGUUGAUAAUAAGCCUGUUUUCUAUAAAAACCUUUUUGAACAAGAUGUCAUUUUCGUAAAUGAUCUUUUGUUUGAAUUUGAUACCACAAAUUCUUUUACUAUUGUUUCGAAUAAAAUUAGCAAGGUUAACUACCUAAUUUGGGCAGGGCUUUGUCACUCUGUUCCAAAACAUGUAAAGAAUAGCAAUUGUCUUCGCUCAGAAAUAAGCUUAAUAUUGACAAUCAAUAACAAAGAAUUUGGUAUAUUAGAAAAGAAAUCUAAAGAUAACUACAUGCUAAUUAAAGAAUAAUUGCCCAGUGUCCAAAAAACUCAAAACACUUGUGUCAAGAUUUCAAUCUAACCCAAGACCAGGUGAAAAAAGUAUUCCUUCUUCCACAUGAAGUAGCGUUUGAACCUUAUCUAAAAGCUUUUCAAUACAAAGUCCUUAAUUCACUUUUAUUUACCAUAAAAAGUUAUGCAAAAUAGGUUCUAUUCAAGAUGGUAAAUGUUCACUAUGCAAAACGGAUUCUGAAUCCCUUUACCAUGUCUUUUUCAAAUGCAGACACACCAAGCAGUUUUGGAAGGAAUUCCAAUAUUACUCUUACAUAUUGGCAAGAGAAUUUGUUUGUCUGACCUUACAAGACGUUAUUACAGGAAUAUUAUAUACAAAUUGCCCUUUACUGAAUUAUCUGAUACUGAUUGCUAAACUAUACUUAUGGGGUUGGGGAAGAAAUCAGACUCUUCCAGUCAUAACUGCCUUUUCAUCCAAAGUUAAAAUUAAGUAUGAAACAGUAAAGUACAUAAGUGUUAAAACUAAUAAAAUGGACAAAUUUAAUAAGAAGUGGGCUCUGCCUUUGUACUCUGUGUUGUCUGUACUUAGAACGUAUUUUUCUUUUUUUGUUUUGUUACUUUACCGUUAAAGUUCAUAAUGUAAUGUCAUGUAACGUUAGUAUUUAAUAAAGGUUUGAAAAGUUAAAAAAAAAAAAAGAAAAAGAGCUAAACAAAUGCCUUCAAAAGUUUAUUUAUCAACAAGAAAAUUUGAUGGCUGUUCAGUCAUUUGUAUGCCACAAUAUUUUAAUGUGACUAUUGGCAGCAAUAAAUGAGUUAAAAAUCUCAAAUGUUAGGCUGAAUUAUCUCACUGUUUUAGUAUGUUCUAUUAUUCACCUCAGUGUUGGUGGCUAGUGGUGGAUAUUUACCUCACCGCUUUGUGGCUUGUUAAUCUCCACCUUCACUUAAGUGAAUAAUUGUCAUUGCUGUGGAGCGACCGGAGGGAGCGAGCAGCAACAUAAUCAGGAUUUAAAGAAAAUAUAUAAGGUGGAACGAAUUCUCGAAUUCAUCACUUUUUACCACAAUGCAUUGCAUUUAACCAGAAUGCAUUAUGCCAUGAACAACUCAAAUAAAAAGACGGGGAAGUUCGGAGGGAGUGCAUCAUUCGCUGCCCAGACUCAGAGAUUUCUUUGUGGCAAAUUUUCUACAGCACGGUUAGAGAUCUUACCAAAUUUAAGACACGCAGGAGUCUUUCAGAUGAGUACGAUGGUCAACUUGGGGAUUGGAUUUCAAUUCAAGAGCCUUUUUGACUCGUCCAGGUGUUAAACCUGACGAGAAAAUGAGCAUUUGCUCUUUGACUCCGCAACACAGGGGAUAAACAAAUUCCAGCUUGCUAGAAGGUGAUGUGGAAGUGAGAAAAUGUCAUGCAGUGCUAUUCUUAAGAACCUGUACGAGCCGAAAAUGGAUGUGAUUUUGACCAUUCGCUUCAAAAUAACAGCGGAAAUCGAGAUAACAAAACAUAUGUUUUGUGUCCUACUUUGCAGAUGAGGAGGUGUAUCAGCAUUUUGAAAAGCAUAAUUAUGUUCUUUCAUUCAUUCAUUGCCAUGAAAUAUGCGUUUACAUUUUUUUUUUCACUGUUAAUAGCUUGGUUAAUGCGGCUGGCGAUCAUCUUGCCGGCGGAAGUUUCAUGGAAAAGGAAUUAAAUAAAAGACUUUUCCCACACUGUACAUAAUCGGCCUCUGUGGUGUAGUGGUGUCGAGCCGAAGGUGCAGGGUUCGAGUCCGACCGAACUAUUUUUUUUUCCUUCUUUCUUUUUUUUUCCGUUUUUUGUGUUAUUGUUUUCUAUAAACAUAUAGCUAAAUAACUGUUACUUAAGAAAGUGUAAUAAACGGCAAGAAAAGUAUUUUGUUUCCAGAUCUUCCAGAGAAAAUAUAGUACAUCGUAUAUUAAAUAUAUAGGUAAACAAUCUGAAUUUCUAUUAUUUCCGACAAUUUAUUGUGGGAAAACCAGGGUUGAUAACCACUUGAUCAUUUUCCAAACAACGUUCCCACAAGUUCUUUCUAUAGACUGAUAGUAAUUAUUCUAGUACUUUCCAACAUGUAAAUGGGGCAUUCAAUAUCAUUUCGAUUCUUUUAAGUCUCACUGCCUAACUAAUGCCAGUAUCGACAGAAUGUGCCGCAGCAUUACUAUCUUUUAGAUACCCUAGUAUAAUAGAACAUAUUAAUUUGAAAUAUCAUUCACACAUCCAGAGGAACAAACUAGCUGAAAUUUUGCCUUAAAAUUUCCCUGUUACUGUCAUCUUAAUAAUCUGCUGUGUCAACAUCAAUCUUUUCUCAAACAUUGUGAAAGAAACCAUUAAAAUAAACAAUUUUCCAUCCGUUUUUUUUAAGUUUGUGUCUAUUGGAGAAUCCUUAUUAACUUUCUUGUCUGGGAUAUCAACUAUUUGCCACAUUUAAUGUCAUGGGUGGCUUCUUUCUUCUUUUUGACUUAUCCAUGGAUUUCCAAUGGUAACUUUAUCUCAGGAGAGUCUGAUCACACUCACCACACCAAUUUCCCGAGGUGACAAGCGUCUUUUACCACAGUAAAAGUGUCCUGUGUAGCUGCACCAAUUAGAAUGAUUCACUUCUUUAUUAUUGUAUUUUGGUAAUAUUUCCAGUUCUGGUAGAUGCAGGCAAACCUUUUUGGUAAAAAAAACACAGCUAGCAAGUGCAGCUGAGGACCUUGUGCAUUGCAUUAAAGAGUGCAUUGUGGCAUUCACAAACCACAAAAGACAAAGGAGUGAUUUUCUGUUACUCAGGGUAGUGCAUGCUUAGUUGUUAAACCAUUUUGUCAAAACCAGUCAGCGAGUGAUUAGAAACCUUUUUUGUUUGUUUGUUUGUUUUUUUAACAGAAAAAAGAAACUCUGGAGCAGUUGACCAUGGAGGAAAUUGAUCAGUCUAAUGCUACCCUUUUCAUUCACUAUGACCCUGACACAAAGAUGAUUUACUUAGCCGGCAAGGUAAGUUUCAUUCAUGUCAUUGUUGACUACAUACUGGAAUUACAGCCGAUUGAGUGUGCAGAGAAAGUUGUUUCCAACAGACCGGCGUGGCUAGUUGAUUUUGUGAUCAGGCAAGUAAAUUUUGUUGGGCUAGUUAUAAUGACUCUCGGGCUAGGAAAUGCUAGUCAGUCACAGCUUGCCAGAAGGGCAAGCUGUAAAACUGACUUUCUUUGCACCCUGUGGUACGUUACCAUUGUUAAUGUUUUAUAGGCAUGUAAUAUAUUCUAAUUUUGUGAAAAGUGAAGAGACCAAUUAUAUAUUCCACAAAGUUAGGAGCAAAAAACCCUAAAGCGUAUAACUCUGUUCCAAUGCAGGGUUCUUAGGAAAACCAAUCAAAAUUUAAUUUGAUAUGGAAUUACUGAUGUGUAAGACUUUUGGUUGUAAACAAAGUGGUACAAAGGCAAUUACAGUUUUAGAAAGUAAUCAGAAUGAAUCCCCAAAUAACCAGGAUUGACUUAGUCUGCUACACAGCCAUUUUUAGUGUCGAAACGCAACACUCCUCCCCAUAGGAGCGUUGUGUGACAACACUAAAAACGGCUGUGUAGCAGACUAGGAUAAAUUCAGGGGACACCCUCAGGACCAAGACAAGUGUCCCCUGAAUAGAGGUGUCCCCUGAAUGGAGGUUGGGGUGGGGUUAGUUAAUAAUUAACCAACAAAUAAAAUAUUUUUCUUUCAUUCUGCCUCGCAAUCUGCUACAGUUUUUAUUUUAAGCAGCUAGAUAAUGUUUAAGUUAUUAUGAUUAACAGAUCUCUGCAUUGUUGUGUGUUGAAUUCCCAUGAGUCCAGUACACUGCUUUGAGUGAGGUAGUUCAUGUUUUGAAAGCUGUUGCCAUUGUGACCAGUGAAAAUUGUCAGAGAUUUUUGUGUUCAGUCGGGUUUCAAGUGCUAAGGUGUCCCCUGAAUGGAGGUUAAACGCGGGUUUUGGGACUGCUGAAUAGAGAUGUCUUUUAAAAUAAUAGGUAAUAACAACUACAUAGAUGAUGUGAACAUUUUUCUGGGACCAAAUUUUGUGUCCCCUGAUUGGAGGUGUCCCUUGAAUAGGGGUGUCCUACUGUAUCCCUCAACUUAUGCAUGGGUGGCAUGCUCUAGAUGGCCAAUCAGAAUUCUUCAUGUGAUGUCAAAGAAUAUAAUUAAGCAGUUCUCAAACUUCUUCAGCCAAGAACCUUAAGCCAUUAAGUGAAGGCAAAUUUGUGGGCAUAUUUUGACUCAGUACCAGUAUGGUAUAACUGUCAUAGCUAUGAGUUGUCUUUAAAACUGAAAUUAUUAGUUGCUUUUCUUAACAGGGUGACAGCAUCAUCAGGUAUUACGAAUUAGUGGCAGAAUCUCCACAUUGCCAUUGGCUAACGAACUACAGUGCCACCACAGCCCAGCGAGGAGUGUGCUACAUGCCAAAACGUGGCUGCAAUGUCAACAUCAAUGAAGUAGCAAAGUGUUUUAAACUUAUUGCUAAGGGAGCAUCUGAUUACUGUGAACCAAUCAGCUUUACAGUCCCAAGAAAGGUAUUUUUAUUUGUAAUUUAACCCAUUCGCCCCUGAACCGCCCGUAACCACCCGUGCGGAUCCAGGUCCUUUCUACCCUUUGUGACGUCAUCAGUUUUAACAGUCAAGGACAACUUUCUUCGCUAACUUGUGCAGAGUGAAGAGAUCUUUCAAACCAUACCAGAAUGAGCACAAUUCAGUCAAGGACACCGGAGAAAGAAGCAAAAAAACCACGUGACAUUGACCUGAAAAUCUCCAUGAAAAUCUUGUUCCAUUGCUCACCUGCCUUUCCUUUCACCUAAUCCUAAGAUCCUAAAAGCUUUCCUAAAAGCUCUUCCCACCAAAAUGAAGCCUACUAAAUGCCCAGCAAGAGAAAAAAAAAUGAGGUAAGAAAAGCGAAAAAAGAAGGGAGGAGAGGAAGCGAAAAGUAAACGUCAAGACUGCUGUGUCACUUUUAAACCCAAAAAUCUCCAAAUUUUGCUUUCUGCGCAUGCCCGAACUUCGCAAGCUGAUAUUGUGCAUCUGGAUCAGAAGGCUACGAAGUGUACGAACCUGCAAACCGGUUGUGGUAAGUUUUAGCUCUUUAUAGCACGACAAUGACCGGAAAACCACUCGACUAGCAUCAAAACGCGUUUAUCGGCAAAAUCUCCAGGAGCGAAUGGGUUAAAUAAUAAUUAUUUUAAUUCAUGGGAGCCCAGAAGUCAUGUCAAAGAAGAUUAACCAAUUUAUGCUCUUGACAUCCAAGAUGACUUCCGCACAGGUUGCUGAAAUGCUGGUAUGGUACUCUCACCUCGAUGAUUAUAAUUCCACUUUUUUUCAGAUACAGCAAAAGAAAACAUAGCAUAGCAUAUAGUGCUCUUCCUUGUGAUACUGGCAGAAAAAAGAUAUACUACUAAACGUGUUCGCUCGAGUAAUUCACCAUGGAUUACCCCUCAGUUAAAAAAACGCUUACACGAAAGAGACAUUUUCAAGUUAAAAGCGAUUCGUUCGGGAAAUGUUGAUGAUUGGCGUAAAUUCAAGAAAUCCGUAGUUCUACAAAUAGUGAAGUUAAGUUUGCUAAAAAGGUUUAUUUUGACAAUGCGUUUAAAUAGAAUCGAGGAGACCUGCGUAACACUUGGCGAAUCAUAAACGAACUUACAUCCAGAAAAUCGAAGAGUUCCUUUGUGAACGAAUUAAACUCAAUAAUGGCAAUUCCAUUCAUGAUCCACUUGAUUGAUCCGAUUCCUUUAACGAUAACCUGAGAUCAGGCUCUAUUUAUAACAUUCCGGCGGGCAUGGCGAAACGAAAAGAAAGCCCAAUUUCAGCGGUAGCCGUUAGAGAGAAUGUAUGAGAACCGCUCAAAUUGGGCCUGAUCUCAGGUUACUUUAACGAUCACUUUGUAGUGUUGGCCCCAGGGCAGCAAACGAGAUUCACGUGGGCGAAAACGGUCCUUCGCAUAUGGAUUAUCUGUGCGAGACUUAUGAAUGCAGAUUCGAAAUGAGAACAUCCACUGUUUCCUUUGUCAAGUCCACCGAAAAAACAUUACAAAACAACAUUGGAAGAGAGAAAGACAGGUAUCAGAGCAGUGUGACCCAAGUUGAGUGUCCUUGAUUUUCGGUAUAAAAUGCGGACUCACGGAUCACGUUGGUAAAAACUGUGCUAAUUGGUUCUAGGUAAGGUAAAAUAAGAUCAAAAGACGUGAGUUUAAGUUUGAAACACUCCUAGAAAUUCUUGGUAGAGGUGUACCGCCCGGUUCUCCAAAUCCAGAGCAUUUUUAGACCUGCUCUCUAACAUCAAACGGUCACAAACCAUGUCAUCAUCGCUUGGAAUAUAACGUUGGAUGAUAUAUUUCGGUCAUUAUUCAUGUAUAGGUGAGUAACCCCCUCCCCCCUAAAUACAGGUUUUUUGCAUCGAACCUUCUCGUAUGGGUCCUUCAUUUCCUCAUGAUCGUUCUUAGUGUCCUCACUUUGAACCGGCUUGACAUCAAACAAAACGUUGAAUUAGCGCAAGAAAUAACAGCGAGAUAAAAGAAAAAACGUCUCUUUGAUCGGCUAGAUCCCUGUGCAUCUUGCCUUCUUGAAUUUACGCUCCAGAAAAUUCAACUGUGCGUGAAAAACUUACGAGCCGAUAUCAGUAGUGUAGACCUACGAGUAGUCCCCAUUGUUCCUCAGGGAUAGAAGAGCGAGCGAAACGCGAGCGCGCGUAAAAAUGACCCACGCGAGAAAGGCGAGACGCGGCGGGGAGAUUUUUUCACGCGGGGUGAUAUUCACUCGCGCUCGCGUUUCGCUUGCUGUACUAUUCCUGAGGAAAAAUGGGGACUACUCGUAGUCUAUCAGUAGUGUGACCUUCCCAGAAUCUUUUACCUAGGUAAAACAAAACCCGAGCUGAAUUUACCUCGGGAGAUUGUUGAUGAAUUUGCCCUAGCCUGGGUGAAUCGGUUUAACAUAGGUAAAAGUCUGUAGUGUGACCACAGUUAUUGUUCUCUUUUACAGUCUGAACUUUUCCAAGAAGAUCUCUUUCCUGACACAAAAGGAGAUGAACCUUCCCUUACUGCUGAUGAGUGGCUUGAGGGAAAAGAUGCAGAUCCCAAACUGAUCUCACUUAGACCGGUAGGUCCUGGAGCAGCUAAGACUGCAAAGAAGGUGAAAAAGGGACUUGGGGCACUUGGCAAAAAAGCACCAAAGAAAACAGCGCAGGCUGCUGAUGAAGAGGUAAGUGAUGGCUGUUAUUAAGGCCUUGUCCUGGCUCAGAUGAGAACAUCACCGUUCUUAAGUUUAGGUGGACAGCGACAUAGAGGACGGUGACUUUGGCCGCGGCGGCUUGGGGAGGGACGACGUUGACUUGGCGAGAGAAACAAACUUUAAGUGUCAGUAGAGGUGACGGUCGAAGACGUUUUUUCAACUUUAUUGAAGGUUCGAGAGAAUGAGUUCCCUGAAAGAGAUCCGAGAGAUUUUGGCCUACUUUUAUUUAUGAUGGUGUCAUAUCAGAUGAGGAAUUCGUUCUCUUGUACAAUGAAACUCUAGUUGAGCGCUUUGUUACUCGAAAGAGAAUGUUCGUGGCUUCACUGAGCCUAUUUGCGAUCUACGUAUUGCCACAUUUUCCCACGCUCCACAGUUCUUAGGCUAACAACGGCUGGUAAUCGAGCUUACACGGUUCUGGGCUUGAAGCGGUAGGGUUCACUUACAAGAAUUUCUUCAGCAAGCUGAAUAGCGUGAACUUUAGUCCACUCCACGUUCUUAAAAUAAGAACAAAUUAAUACGAUGGACAAUGCGCGCUAUAAAAAAGACGAGUUCCUUCAUCCUGAUUUAUCAAGGGGUUUAUUCUUGGAAGCUUUCGUCGCGCCUUUUAACCCGGCCCGACUGACUGCCCCUGGGUCUAUGAACACGUAAUUUCAUUUUGGCCUAUAACUUAAGCAGAAAAAAUGAACUAAAUAUUUCGUGAAUAAAGAAAAGGGUAGAAGGCGAUGUUCACAUGAUGCGAGAAUAUUAAAUGUGAUAAUUUCAUCGCUGGGAAUUCUAAUCCUGCAAUUUUACCAUUUUGACAAGUUCAGUGUGCUAUAUUCCAUCAUAAAAUAGUGUUAUAAUAAGUAAUUGAGAAAGGUUUACCAUUUGAAGUAAACUAAACAUUACAGAAACAGAUAAAGCGGUACUCUGUUAAAAUAAAGAUAUUUUGAAGACAGAAACACGAAGAGAAAACUCACGUUCUCGAGAUACCGCCGCACUAAGCUUUCUCACCGUCGCGACGUGCAGUCGACGUAGGCUGGACGGCUUUAGAUAUAUGCAGGCAACUUUUAUUUACGGUUGCCGUCCUCCACCUUACCGUCCACCCUAACGUAAGGUCCGUAUCAUUAGCCUAGGACGGUUGUUAUUCUUUGACUCUUUCUCCUUUGCCCAUCUUUGUCAAUUCAAAAAGGACAGAACUACUCUGUUGUUUGAAAGGCAAUGACACGGCUUUGGUGGUGCAGUGUACGUACCUUGUGCGUGUUGAGUAAGGGAAAUGGGGCUAGAUGUUAGUUGGGGUGAAUGUCCUUUCUCAUCUCGCUGUGUUGAAUUUCACUGUAGUCUGUGGUACUAAUAGCAGUUGCAAAGCGUGGACUUUCGUCCUAAGGGAUAAGUUUGGCCAUGUCUUUGCCAUUGCAUUCUUCUUUUAGACAAGAAACUUUGCUUAAUAUUGUCUCCUCUUGUCAGAUGUAUAAUGAAAACUGGUAACACACUCAGUGCUGGGAGGAAACCCUAUAAUCUACUAAAUUCCCAUCCAGGGAUUAAUACUAAUCUCUUAUCUGUUUUUCAAUGGACAAGAGGCUAUUGCAGUCUACAUACCCAACUUAAGCACUUGUGAAAAGCCCUGGAAAAUUAGGCUUCCACGGAGUCUAAACCCUAAUCCUGUGUGUGCGUAGUGGUAUCGCAGGGUCAUUUCUUUAUUCCAAAGCAUAAAAUUGAUAUAUUUUCAUAGAGAGUUAACUCUCUAUAUGACGGACGCGAUUCAGUAGGACUACCUGUUUUGUAUGGCAAGGAAAGAUUGUGUUAAGGCCAUAUAAUAUCCCGUUUUUAUGGACCUCAACCUUGUCUCUGUCCUUAAAACGCGAAGAAAGAACGUGGCCAAAAAUAUGUGGUCAUGUUGACUUCUAGACCGAAAAUCAGCCCGUAUUUUUGUGUGGGUUAAGAACGCGUGCGCGAGUGUUCAAAGGAAAGGUCUGGAAUGAGGGUGAAAACAGUGAGGGAGGGAAUAUCAAGCCGGCGCUUCACGCCUUGCAAAACCGAUUUUUAGCAAAAAACGGAAACCGACUGUUUUGCAGUCUACUUGACUUCACGCUUGGUCGAUAACGUACCGUUACUUAGUUAUAUAGGCUAGUUUCAGGGCAGUGUCUGUUUUGAGAGUGUUCAUUGUACAGUCGAACCUCCCGUAAGCGACCAACUAAAAUGCGAAGACUUAAUGCUCGCUUACAGGAGAGUGCUCGCUUGGAGGACUUUUUAGUUCUUGUUCAACAUCCUUCACUGACCACGCAAUCGUAAGAAAUUUCUGUCCUACGAAAUUUCACUCUUUGAAGCUUUCAAAGAUUUGCCGCCAACCUGAAGGGAAUUUGCAUGUGAUCACCUUUGAUUAUAGAACCGCACUCGAACUGUAGUCAAGCAAAUCAUUCUGAUUACAGUGUAACUGAGCCAAUAAACUAAACGUUGCUGAUCAUUUUUACUCCUUCUAAGCCAAGAAAGUUGAUCUAAAUCUUGCGAGCGUAGAAGCUGAGGACUCGUAGCCCUUAUUAUAGCACUAAAGAACCUACACUGAACAUGGAGUUGAGACCACUUGUCAAGUAUAAUGGUCGCUUACAAGAGGUUGAAAGCGGUGGGAAAUUAUUAGACCGUCAGUCCCGAAAAGUGGUCGCGGUCGCUUACAGAAGCUGGUCAUUUACGAGAAGUUCCAUCUGUAAGGCCUCGACUGGGAAAUUUUUGGUGUUUUGGAUAGGUGGUCGCUUACGAGAAGUAGUCGCACAUGGAGGUUCAACUGUCCCAAGAGGGUUUCUGAUGCAGUAAUUUUUUUUUAUUUUUUCCAUAUUCUAUAGGAUCUAGAGGAAUUGGUGAAGAAGCUAAAAUUGCAAGUGGACGAACAGGAAAAGCGAAUCAAAGCCCUGGAAGAGAAAACGCAGAAUUUAUAAGUGUACUUGCAAAGGAAAACGAGAAGUGAUAAAAAAUAGGUUCAACUUGCUAAUGUUGCAAAUCAGUUCAGUUUGAAAUUAACUUAAAGUUCUAAGCAACUCUUAAGCGUUAGCUGGUUAGCUUUCAAAAUUGUAUUUUUCGACCGAUUAUUUGUAUUAAAAAUUGUUAAGGAUUUCAGUGGUGAAAGUAUUUUCGCUGACUUGCAAAAUUUCUAGUUGUAUUAGCCCUUGUUUUUCGAUUAUAAAUGAUCUCGGCUGAUUUCUCCUUUUAUUGACCUCAUGAUCAGUGAUACGAUUUUUAAAUGAUUUGAAGAUUCUUAAAGAUAGGUGGAAACUUUUUUUCCUUUUACACAUUAAAGCCAUUGGAUUAUAACUGCUUUGUCAGCAUUUUCAAACAGUGAAUAGCAUCAAUGUCUUCUUAUCACUGGUUUAUAGGCCAAUUUACAGUUAUGGAUGGAAGCGAGGUUCGAGUUGACCUUGUUUUAAUACAAACCUCCCUGCUUUAUUAUGAAAAUCAAGUUGCUCUUAUGCUAACUAGUGUUUUUCAAGGACAAUUUCCAAGACAAAGCAAAGGAGGUUUGUAUCAAAACAAGGUCAACCUCAGCCUCACAUCCACUGGAAAGCUAGUAUAGGGUACCAAGUCCACGUCUGUAAAAUGGUCUAUUAAAUAACAUGGUCAUCAAAAUAAAGCAAAUGAUCACU